AUGACCUUAGUACCGCUAACAUUCAUCGCCCUCUUCAUCAUCCUCUCCUUCCUAAUUUACCGCCUCUGCAGAAAGGGGCACGACUGCAACAAUGACUCCUCCUCCACUGACGACUCUCUCACUUCGAAGGUGGCCCCCCUCCUGCCCCCUCCCAGCCCCACUAUCUCUCUCGAUAGGAUCAAUAGGCUGAAGGAGAUUAAGCUGCUAAAUGAACUGGCUGUUAGGCAUUUUGGUGGGUGUGUCAAGAAGGCUUUGUUAGGAAAUGAGGUUGUAGCAGUUAAGAUAUUCAAUGCAGAAGAUAAACAGUCUUGGGAGAAGGAAGUGAACGUUUAUACAAUGGAUGCUAUGAAGAUUGGGCAUGAGAAUGUAUUGAAGUUCAUUGGAGCCAUGAAAAAAGACAUCAUCAACGAACAAGGUAGUGUCAUUAUUGAUUUAUUUAUUCAUUUGUUUUUUAAUUCAUUCGGCAGUUUGUAUGAUUUUCUAAAGAACAAUACUCUAACAUUUGACGAGGCCUAUAAGAUAAUAUUAACUGCAUGUCGCGGUUUAUUUUUCUUGCAUCAACCCGGCACUAAAUCUGAUCUUGCGUAUCCUAAUAAAUUCUCAAUUGCGCAUAGAGAUAUAAAGAGUAGGAAUAUAUUACUUAAGAGUAAUCUCACAAGUAGCAUUGCAGAUUUUGGACUGGCUCUUGUUAUGGAUGAUAGGAAUAAUACUGCUAUCAGUCAGGUGGGUACUCGUCGUUACAUGUCUCCAGAGGUUCUAGAUUGCACAAUCUCCUUUGACAAAGCUUCCUUCCUUAAGGUUGAUAUGUAUGCAUUUGCCCUGGUCGUCUGGGAGGUUCUGACUAGAACCAUUACUGAUGAGAUUAAAAGUGUUGACGAUUACAAGUUGCCGUACGAAGAUCGAGUCGGUUUGAAUCCUUCAAUUGAAGAUAUGCAACAAGUGGUGGUUGAAGAUAAACUGAGGCCUAACAUUAGAAAAGAAUGGCUCCAACAUGAGGCAUGUUUAUGUGUCUGUGAGUUGAAUGCGGUAGAAGAUACUUGGGAUUCAGACCCAGAUGCUCGACUGACUGCC